GCACCGGCUCAAAGUGUGUGUGGUGGGGGGAGAGAUAAACGCUAGGAAAUGCAAUCCAUAUGGUGGCACUAUAAAACCUAGCACAUCCAUAUCCAUAGUCCAAGAUCAUCGCUGCUCGCUUCAGUAAACCAUCAGGUCAAUAACUCUCAAUUUGUCCACGGUGGUCCACACCGCAGACUUCUACAGGGAACAAGGUGACCAGGACGACGUGAUUGUAAAGGGAGGUCCUGCUGGAUUAGAUAUGAAGGUCCUGUGUCAUGUAACAUUCCUGUUCAUGCUGGGGGGCAUUUUUUGCCAGAAUAACCGAAAUGCCAAACCGAGUGGCAGAGCGGCUAAAAAACCCAGCAGUCCGUCUGCAGACGUCGGUCCAGACGACGACUCUGCACCGAGUCCCGGUAAAGACACGCGUGCAGGGAACCAGCAGACGGCAUCCGCUAACAAGCCGGCCGACGACAUGAAGCUGCACCUCCUGCGGAACACUCCGGCCACGUGCAACGAUGGAACUGCGGCCGGGUUUUACCUAAAGGAGUUCAAAGGAAGCAAGAGGUGGCUGAUAUUUUUGGAGGGUGGUUGGUGCUGUUACAACAAAGAGACCUGUGAUUCCAGAUAUAAAAAUAUCCCUCGCUUGAUGAGCUCAUCUGACUGGUUGCAGACUCGCAAAGGAACUGGAAUCUUGUCUUCCCAAUCCGAUGAGAAUCCGCACUGGUAUAAUGCCAACAUCGUGUUUGUCCCCUACUGCUCCAGUGAUGUGUGGAGUGGAAACAAAGCAGCAGCAAAGACCAAGCAAGCAAAAGAAACAGAGUACUCCUUUAUGGGAUCCGUGAUCAUCAGGGAGCUGAUCAAAGAGCUUGCGACGAAAGGACUGAAACAGGCCAAAGUGGUGAUGCUGGCUGGAACGAGUGCUGGAGGUACAGGUGUGUUGCUGAACAUCGAGAAAGUGGCCAGUCAGCUGGAGCAGCUUGGGGCAGAUGUGCAGGUUCGAGGCUUGGUCGAUUCCGGAUGGUUCCUGGAAAGCAAGCAGCAAAAGACCCAAGAGUGUCCGGAUAGUCUGUCCUGCACUCCGGUUGAUGCGAUCAAGAAAGGGUUACGAAUGUGGAAUGGAGUUUUACCAGACAAGUGUAAGCAGCAAUACAAGCGAGGCGAGGAGUGGCAAUGCUUUUUCGGGCACAAGCUCUACUCCUUAUUGAGCUCUCCACUGUUUGUGGUUCAGUGGCUCUUUGACGAGGAACAGCUUCGUGUGGAGAACAUUUACGUGGGAGGACAGUCUCUUUCUGAACAGCAGUGGACCUACAUGCAGAAUCUCGGGAAAGAGCUGAAAAACUCCCUCAAAGAUGUCACCGCCGUGUUCGCCCCAUCCUGCUUGUCCCACACGCUGAUCACUAAAAGUAACUGGAUGGACUUCCAAGUGAAAGGCACGUCUCUGUCUCGUGCGCUCCAGUGCUGGGACAGAAGCCUUCAGGAGGCCAACAAGAACAGCAAGACGGCACUGAAAGGCUGCCCCUUCCACCUGAUCGACACGUGCCAGUGGCCUCAGUGCAACCCGACGUGUCCGGCUCUGAUUGACCAGGCCACGCAGCAGGAGAUGACCCUGCUCCAGGUGCUGGCCAGCAUGGGCGUCGACCUCCAGAAGCUCGGUCUGGACACACAACGCGACAGCGGCACUUCCUCCAGCAUGAUUAGCAACGGUGGCUAAUCGUACGAUAAUUUAAACUAUAGUAGCGUUAGCGUGUGCUCAGUAGUGACCUUUAGAGUCACUCUGUUGUGUUCCAAAGAGGUUGAGAUCUUUGAGCCGUGAGUAUGUAUUUGGAUUCCUGUGCCAAACGUGUGCAAAGUAGGAUGGAUUUAUGGAAGUGAAGCAUGAGUUAUGAUUAUGUAUCUAGUCACAGUUAAUCCAUAGUUAACCUGAAACUCGUGUAUGAGGAGAUUAUAAUGAGGGUCUUCUGGGUUUUUUUCUCCCAUCCAAACAAGACAGCUUUACACAAUGUUGUGCAUCGAGGAGAACGAGAGAUUGAGGUGACAAUCCCAGAGAAUUGUGUAGGGGUUUUAACUCAUAUCAAACCACAUGCCUAAAGGUUAUCUUUAUUUAUUAUCUUUUGUCUUAGUUCAGAAGAAUGUUAUGCGUGAUAUCCUUUCAGUUACCAACAUUUACAAGAUUUUAUAUAUUUAAUAUGUUCUUGUAUGUAUGGAGUAUAUGUACAUUAUAAUCCAUCGCCUUUGAUGUUUAUAGGCUGCUGAACGCUAAUAAAUGUGUAAUAGAA